AUGAACGGAGAGGAAACUCUUGAGCACGAAGGUAUGUAUGAAGAUGAUGUCUUUUAUGCUGAAAUUAGAAGGCAGGUUUUGCUUUUGACAGAAGAUGAAGAUGAGGAUUUCCUCCAAAUCGAAAAUCUAAACUCCAUAAGUGCUAACAAGCAAAGCUUGAAGAGGUUGACAACCAACAUAACUAUUGCAGCACAACCAGGAAGUUACUUUAAUUGUUGGGAAAACGAGCAUAGCAGUUCAGUUCCAAAGUGGUUGGGAAACUUAUGGAGAAAUGACAAUGGAGGAACUGGGGUGUUUAUACCCCACAUUGUCAAAUCUAGAACAAGACAAAGAUCAGGUAGGAAGAAUAAUGGAAGAAGAACAACAUACAAGCAAGUCGAGAAAAAGCAAUCGUGA